ACUCUCUCUCCCCCCUCCCUUUCUCUCUCCUCCAACACAAACACAGAAUUGAAAAAACAGUUCCUCAGCUCUCUCUCUCUAUUUUUUAUAUCAUUUUUUUGUAUACAUUUCUAAUCUGCGCUUCCAUAACAGAAUAUAACAGGAUUCAAUAACACCAACAUCUCCCUCUUUUUCUUUCUUAUAUUUUGUUCCUAAACCGUACCCUUUAUAACAUAAGAAAAUAAAACCCAAAAAUAAUCACACCCACAAGGUACCAUUUGGUACCAAUCUCUCUCCCCCUCUCUCUGUCUCUCUUUCCUCUCCAUAGUCUCCAAAACCCAAAAUCCCAAACCUUCUUCAUCCAAAAUCAAUCAAAGGGCAAACAAAGUUUCUAUUUUUUCCACAACCCAAAAUCCCAAACUUCAAAAUUAACGAAAGGGUACAAACUAUUCUUGUAAUUUUUGCUAAUUUUCCACUCUAGAUGGGUGCUGCUGCUAAGACUGCUUGUGCUCUGAUAUUCAUAACCGUUCUAAACGGCGCCGUUUUCCGGCCCACCUCAUCAGAUCCAAGCGACGAGGCUUGCCUGACCCACCUAAGCCAAUCCAUACAAGACGCAACAAAGUCCCUCCAGAACUGGACCAAAUCCACCUUCGCAAACCCAUGUAGCGGCUUCACCUCCUACCUCCAAGGCGCCACCUGUAACAAUGGUAGAAUCUACAAGCUCUCCCUCACGAACCUCGCUCUGCGGGGCUCAAUCUCGCCGUUUUUGGCCAACUGCACCAACCUCCAAGCACUCGACCUCUCCUCCAACUUCCUCACCGGCCCAAUCCCAUCGGACCUCCAGUACUUGGUCAACCUCGCCGUCCUGAACCUCUCCUCCAAUCGGUUGCAGGGCCCAAUCCCGCCGCAGCUCACAUUGUGCGCCUACCUCAACGUCAUCGAUCUCCACGACAACUUACUCACCGGAACGAUCCCUCAGCAAUUGGGCCUUCUUGUCCGGCUUUCGGCUUUCGACGUCUCAAACAACAAGCUUUCGGGGCCGAUACCGGUUUCUUUGGGAAAUCGGAGUGGGAAUUUGCCGAGGUUUAAUGCGACGUCGUUCGAUGGCAACAAGGAGCUUUAUGGUUACCCUUUGGCCCCUCUGAAAAGCAAAGGGCUUUCGGUUUUGGCCAUUGUUGGGAUCGGAUUGGGAAGUGGGUUUGCGAGUUUGGUGCUUAGUUUCACUGGUGUGUGCAUAUGGUUGAAAAUUACAGAGCGCAAGAUGGCUCUUGAAGAAGGCAAGAUCAGCCACCUCAUGCCUGAUUAUUGAGAGACAAGAGCAUAAUCUAAUCCCCCAAUUAGCUUGAGCUAAAAUUUCAGGUAUUGUUGGAAUUAUUAAUGAGAGCUCGAGAUUUCAGUCCAAGGCGGGCAGUAUUGUGCUUUUGGAAUUUUUGGCUGUCUUUUACUGAUGAGGGAAUUUUUGUUUCUUAUUUUCUUUCUUGGGUUUAG